AUGGCGUCUUUCUUCCAGAGCUUCAGGAGCUCGACCAUGCCGAAGCGGCUGCUGCGGUAUGCCCUGUCGAAGCUCGAGCUUUUGGAAGAGGAGACGCUCGACAUCGAGAACCUGGAGUUCGCCCUAGGCCGGAACACUGUCUUCGAGUUCAAAGAUGUCGGCAUGAGACUCAAGAAACUCGAACGCCUGCUGAACCUCCCUCCCGCCUUCCGGCUCCAACGAGCCAAGGUUCUCAAGCUGACGGUGACCAUUCCUAUGGACUUCUACACGAGCCCAAUAACCAUCGAGGUCGACGGUGUCGACAUCCGUCUCAGUGUUGUUGGAGGCGACGAAGAUAAGAAUAAAGAGAGGGCGGUCAGGAAGACGCGCGGCGGCCCGGACGUUGUGCCAGAUACCCUUGAUCUCGCAGCUUCGUUUCUCGAAACGCAACCACUGGCAGAGAAGAGGAAGCUCGAGGAAGCUCUGGCAUCCGAGACCCAAGAUCUUGGAGCGUCGGUUGCCACGGCGGAUAGCUUCGCAAGCGAGGAAGACGAGCCAGGCUUUGGCACCGGCCAAGCACUCUCGCUCCCGUUUUUCCUGGCAGAUUUCCUCCAAGGCAUCAUUGACCGCACUCAAAUCCAGAUUAGGGGCGUCAUCUUCCAGCUCGAUGUCGAAGUCCCUUCCGACGACAGCACAUCCGCUUCUGAUAUCGUGGCGUUCCAGAUCGCCCUCGAUCAGAUUGAUGUCGAGGGAGUGACGGCGGAGCUUAGCAAUAAUCAGGACGAUCCUCUGAUCCAGCCCAAGGAGGGGAAACGCCAUAUCGCCCUGUCCCGCAUACGAGCCUACCUCAUCUCGGAAGCCAAUGUGUUCUCGAGCUUCUCUCGGUCCCCAUCGAUGACAUCGCCUGCCAUUUCUCAAGCGCCAUCUUUCUCCGAGCGCGCCACGCCGUCACCACCCCCGCCGUCGCUUCAGGCGACCGAUCUGCGACACAGCAGUCACGUCGAUAAUUUGGCUAUUCACCCCAGCAUGCAUCACAACGACGCGAUGGAAGACUCCGUCGAGUUGAACGAAAUUGACGAGGCUCUCUUACGUGACAGCGAGGAUGCGCUGCAAAUACCGUAUGAUUUGGCAGAUGAGCCUGGACCAGAGGACGAGAAUACACACACACCACGAGCCUCGAUUUACGAAGAUUUCCCGGGAUCACAUGCCGACAAUUAUAGUGCAUCGAAGCCUAGCGACAACGCUCAUGGCGUGGAAUGGGGUGAGUGGUCGUCGGAGCCGCCGCCAGACUUGCUCGAGGAAGCGCUGUCAAGUCCACUCCAGAGCUCUCCUCAUGUUCCAGCCGACGCGCAACAAAGAAGUGACAGUCCAACAGGACUAGCUGCGGCUGAGCCCUCGGAAGACGAUGACCUGGCUAGGUCACAGCUCUUCACUCACGAGGAAGCCGAGAGUAUGUACAUGAGUGCGUUUUCACAGGCCGAGUCGAAGCAAAUACCCUCCCAACAACUCCCAUCAUAUUUGCCUGGUGACGCGGGGUUGAGCCCAGUGUCAUCGCCGGGCUUGAAGAAAGAUGAGCCUGACACCCGAGUCACACUGGAAUAUGAUGGCGUCCAUCCGCCUGAUGCUACAGAUAACACCCCUGGAACGUCCGAGUUGCUUACUGCAUAUGAAGCACCAAUAUCUGCACAACUGGAGGACGAGGAAAUUCUCGAAAUUACUGAGGAUGAAUCAGCUCCCGAUCCUGCUGCCUUUUUCAGCGAACCAUCACGUCUGGUGCAGGAAGAUAUUCCAACUCCGCGCGGCCCAACGAGACUGGUGAAGGAGAUAGUUUCUCUUGCGCUCAUCUCAAUUUAUGUGCCUUCAAUGCACAAACAUAUACAUGUACAGCCGGCCCCUCAAGUCGAACGUACAGCGUCACCAAGACUGGCACGAUCUAUUGCGCCGCAAGUGCCUGGGGCAUUCUCGGUAUACUCCACCUCUCCGAACAUGGAGGCCAGUGAGGCACCGCAGACUCACACACCCAAGCCGCCUGAAUCACACGCCGAUGAUUCUUUCGAGGUCAACCUGUCUCCAAUUGCCGUGAGAUUUGAUGCUUCACUGGCUUUCCUGCUGGCUACCGUCGUCGGCAAGUUGUUAGAAGCUGUCCGUGGAGGACCAGCUCUCAGUCGAGUUGACGAGCCUCAGAAGGUGCAAGAAAAAUCAACAAACAAAUCCACCGUGAAAGUCGCCGUCGAUAAAAUAUCUCUUGUGUUUCUUAACCAGUUAGGCAGGGUUGCGGACACUGCAGAACGAGUUCUUGGAUCAGGGGAUCUACAUCUGCAACCGGAGACUCUUCUUCAAAGCGUCUUGGAAAGACUCUCCAUCUCUAUCGAAAGCUCUGGUUCGAAAACGGAGACGAGUAUAGAUCUCGAGAAAUUUCGGCUGGGCUAUGCUACCGACGACAUCCUUUCGUUUGAUCAGAGCCUGCAGAUGCGUACAUCUGUCAUGGAUAAAUUUCCUUCUCCGGGGGCGGAUGUCUCCUUGAAGCUCAUCCAGACGCUUGACUCGAUACGAACUGAAAUUACUACCCUUCCUUUGCUUGUACAGCUCGACUUGCGGAGGCUGGAUGAAACUUUCAGCUGGUUCGGAGGACUAAGCAGUUUCCUGCACAUGAGCUCUUCCAUGACAGCAAGUUCUUCGCCGUCCAGCAAAAGUCAGAUCCAGUCGCCAUCGAGGCCCAGAGGCGUUCAUUUUGACACCCCUAUCAACCCGGAUGACAAGUCUGCUUCCUCUCUAAACAAGAUUGACAUGAGAGUUGGCGGCUUCAAUCUUGAGCUCCGUGGCAAGGAAUGCAGUGUUGGCCUUGAGACGAGCGCUAUCAAGAUGGUCAGUAGGGCAUCCGGCAUGGGUUUCGCCAUCAGCAAAGCACGCCUCGCCGGCCCGUAUCUGAAAAACAGUUGGCGUGAUCCUCCGAUCAUGGUGACACUGGGAAGUCUUCGCUUCGACUACCAAAACUCGCCUACUGCCCAGGAUCUGGAGCGGCUGCUUGAGCUUAUUAUACCGUCAAAGGCCAAGUUCGACCAAGGAGAUAAUGAGAUCAUGGUCGAUACCCUGCUGAGACAGAGGCGAAAAGGCGCUGUUCUACGAAUUAACUUGGAGCAAUUCGACAUCAAAGUCAGCCAUUUGUUGCACCUUCAAUGCCUGCCUGGCUUGGGCGAGGAACUGGCACGCCUGGCAAUCGUUGCAAAAUACCUACCAGAAGAUAAUAGGCCUGGUCUGUUGACAUUAGGAAAGAUCAUGGACGCCCGCGCGAGUUUUGACCUUGGUGGUCAGGUUGGUCUCGUUACGGCCAACCUGAAAGAAUUCGAAGCCGCACAGAUAACUAUCCCAUCGCUGAUAGCUUUCGGGAUUGGAUCAGUGUCGGUCAGGAGAAACGACAGCGAGGACCUCCCCUCAAAGCUAUUCGUUGCCCUGACAGAUGCUCACCUGGAAGUCACUCUUCCCAAAGACGGCAAUACUCAAGCAACGCUCCAUCUCAACAAAGCAUCGCUUCUCCUCACCGACGAUGUUGCGAAGGCGGCCACUGUGGACGAGCGGAACACUGAACGCCUGCGUGGAGGCGAUGCUGCUUCGCAACAAGUCGCUGAUCUGGCGGCGAGGGGCUAUGUAAACAUCUGUUUCAUCUCAGCGGCAAAGGUGCUUGUGAGAGUCACCGCGAACCCGGUUGAUGGGGAAAGACGCUUGGAUAACAAGUAUCGGACCAAAGUUGUUCCAGUACAAAACCUGCUGGCAUCUAUUGCACCCGAGGCAUUUGGCAGGGCCGAGGGCGCCUAUGACUUUGACGAAGACUUUCCAAUGGCACAGGGCCUCGGGAGUGACGAUGAGUACGACGUAACGACUGAGUCGGGUUCGUUGUCAGCUGCUUCGCACUUAUAUCAAGACGAACAUGUCAUGGAAGAGAUCUUUGACGCCGGAGGAUCGGCGAUCUCGAUCAAUUCUGCCGCCCAAGCGAGCCGUACAUCUGAUUCGAACUUCAACAUCAGUUCGUCGGAUGUCUCUGACGGAAGUGGUGAUCUGAAUAUUGACGAGAACUACUUCACGCACCGACAAGAUCUCGACAGCAAAGCCCGAAUAUGGAACUCAAAACAAAACAGCUACGACCAGGCACCAGCUGAUCUUGUGAGACGAAGCCCACUUCGAGUCACAGUUCGCGACGUCCACGUUAUCUGGCACCUUUUCGACGGCUAUGACUGGGCUCGAACGCGAGAUGAGAUAACAAGGACAGUGGAAGAAGUCCAGACGAAGGCACUAGAGCGGCGCAACGCAGGCCCUACGACCUAUGAAGAUGAAGAAGACGAUGACACAGCUGUCAUUGGAGAUUAUCUCUUCAACUCCAUCUACAUUGGCAUUCCAGCCCAGUAUGAUCCUAGAGAUCUGGCGCAGAUGGUGAACGCAGACCUGAACGACAAUGCCACUUAUACCGAGACAGAGUCUGUGGCAACCACUGCAUUUACUGGUACAGGAGCUCGAGCCGGAGGGGCACCAAGGUCCAAGAAGAGAUUACGACUGGGCCGCAGCAAGCACCACAAAAUCUCGUUCGAACUUCAGGGCGUGAAUCUUGACCUCAUCGUAUUUCCUCCUGAUUCUGGAGAGACGCAAAGCUCGAUUGACGUCCGAGUUCAGACUCUGGAAGUCUACGACAUGGUUCCUACAUCGACUUGGAAGAAGUUUGCGACGUAUGACCAAGAUGCGGGCGAGAGGGAAAUGAACACAAGUAUGGUUCGCCUGGAGCUCUUGAAUGUCAAGCCGCAUCGAGACCUAGCUGCGUCCGAGAUGGUCCUCCGCGUCACCCUUCUGCCACUCCGCCUCCACGUUGACCAGGAUGCCCUUGACUUCAUCACGCGAUUCUUCGAAUUCAAAGACGACAAGAUACCUGUACACAGCUCCCCCAGCGACGUCCCCUUCCUACAAAGGGUUGAGAUUAUGGACAUCCCUGUCCAGCUGGAUUUCAAGCCAAAACGAGUCGAUUACGGUGGACUCAAGUCGGGCCGGACUACAGAAUUCAUGAACUUUGUCAUUCUGGACCAGGCGCACAUGACUCUACGCCAUGCCAUCAUCUAUGGUGUGCAAGGAUUCGAUCGAAUGGGCAAGACUCUUAACGAUAUAUGGAUGCCUGAUGUCAAGAGAAAUCAACUGCCUGGCGUCCUCGCUGGUUUGGCACCUGUGCGCAGUCUGGUCAAUAUUGGCAGUGGUUUCAAAAACUUGGUUGAGAUUCCUAUCAAGGAAUACCAGAAGGACGGUCGAAUCUUCCGUAGCCUCCAAAUGGGCGCGACAGAUUUUGCACGCACCACCGGGACAGAGAUGGUCAAGCUCGGCGCAAAGCUGGCGAUCGGAACACAGACCGCUCUUCAAGGCGCCGAAGGGCUGCUUACCACCAGGCCGCCGACUGCCGAGGCAACAAACUGGGAUGGCGACGACCCAGCCGAUGCGGACGAUCAUCAGAAGCAGAUUAGUCUAUACGCAGACCAGCCAACCGGUGUGAUCCAAGGAUUGCGCGGCGGUUACCAGAGCUUGAUGCGUGAUUUGCACUCAACCCGCGAUGCUAUCAUUGCGGUGCCGGGUGAGGUCAUGGACAGCCAGAGUGCACAGGGGCUGGCUCGCGUGCUGUACAAACGAGCGCCCACAAUUGUGUUCAGGCCGGCCAUCGGCGCGAGCAAGGCGAUCGGCAAGACACUGAUAGGGGCAACAAACUCGCUUGAUCCGCAGAACCGACGACGCGCUGAAGAGAAAUACAAGAGGCAUUAA